CUCUCAUCACCUGAUGGCUGAUGCCUGCCUUCGUUCGCGGCCGCCUUCGCCUGCCGCUACUACUACUACUACUAGUUCCCCUCUCUCGCUCGCUUCCCCUCUCUCGCCCGCUUCCUCCCUCCCCCUCCCCUUCCCUUCCCUUCCCUUCACCACUCCCACUUCCCAACCCUGGAUCCAAAUCCCAAGCUAUCCCAGAACCGAAACCGAGGCGCGCAAGCAAUUAUUCGCUGGCUAGCUAGGCCUGUAGCUCCGAGAUCAUGAAGCGCGAGUACCAAGACGCCGGCGGGAGCGGCGGCGACAUGGGCUCCUCCAAGGACAAGAUGAUGGUGGCGGCGGCGGGGGCAGGGGAGCAGGAGGAGGAGCUGGACGAGAUGCUGGCCUCGCUCGGCUACAAGGUGCGUUCGUCGGAUAUGGCGGACGUCGCACAGAAGCUGGAGCAGCUCGAGAUGGCCAUGGGGAUGGGCGGCGUUGGCGGCGCCGGCGCUACCGCUGAUGACGGCUUCAUCUCGCACCUCGCCACGGACACCGUGCACUACAAUCCCUCCGACCUGUCGUCCUGGCUCGAGAGCAUGCUGUCCGAGCUCAACGCGCCCCCACCGCCGCUCCCGCCCGCGACGACGCCGCCGGCCCCGAGGCUCGCGUCCACCUCGUCCACCGUCACAAGUGGCGCCGCCGCCGGUGCUGGCUACUUCGAUCUCCCGCCCGCCGUCGACUCGUCCAGCAGCACCUACGCCCUGAAGCCGAUCCCCUCGCCGGUGGCGGUGGCGUCGGCCGACCCGUCCUCCACGGACUCCACGCGGGAGCCCAAGCGGAUGCGGACUGGCGGCGGCAGCACGUCGUCUUCGUCUUCCUCGUCGUCAUCCAUGGAUGGCGGCCGCACUAGGAGCUCCGUGGUCGAGGCUGCCCCGCCCGCGACGCAGGCGCCCGCGGCGGCCAACGGGCCCGCCGUGCCGGUGGUGGUGAUGGACACGCAGGAGGCUGGGAUCCGGCUCGUGCACGCGCUGCUGGCGUGCGCGGAGGCCGUGCAGCAGGAGAACUUCUCUGCGGCGGACGCGCUGGUCAAGCAGAUCCCCAUGCUGGCCUCGUCGCAGGGCGGUGCCAUGCGCAAGGUCGCCGCCUACUUCGGCGAGGCGCUUGCCCGCCGCGUGUAUCGCUUCCGCCCGACGCCGGACACCUCCCUCCUCGACGCCGCCGUCGCCGACUUCCUGCACGCGCACUUCUACGAGUCCUGCCCCUACCUCAAGUUCGCCCACUUCACCGCGAACCAGGCAAUCCUCGAGGCUUUCGCCGGCUGCCGCCGCGUCCACGUCGUCGACUUCGGCAUCAAGCAGGGGCUGCAGUGGCCGGCUCUUCUCCAGGCCCUCGCCCUCCGUCCUGGCGGCCCCCCAUCGUUCCGACUCACCGGCGUCGGCCCACCGCAGCACGACGAGACCGACGCCUUGCAACAGGUGGGCUGGAAACUUGCUCAGUUCGCGCACACCAUCCGCGUCGACUUCCAGUAUCGUGGCCUCGUCGCCGCCACGCUCGCUGACCUGGAGCCGUUCAUGCUGCAACCGGAGGGGGACGACAAGGAUGAGGAGCCCGAGGUGAUCGCCGUCAACUCAGUGUUCGAGCUGCAUCGGCUGCUCGCUCAGCCCGGCGCCCUGGAGAAGGUCCUGGGCACGGUGCGCGCGGUGCGGCCGAGGAUCGUGACCGUGGUCGAGCAGGAGGCCAACCACAACUCCGGCACAUUCCUUGACCGCUUCACGGAGUCCCUGCACUACUACUCCACCAUGUUCGAUUCUCUCGAGGGCGCCGGCUCCGGCCAAUCCACCGAUGCCUCUCCGGCCGCGGCCGGCGGCACGGACCAGGUCAUGUCCGAGGUGUACCUGGGCCGGCAGAUCUGCAACGUUGUGGCAUGUGAGGGCGCGGAGCGCACGGAGCGCCACGAGACGCUGAGUCAGUGGCGCGGCCGCCUCGUCGGCUCCGGGUUCGAGCCCGUGCACCUGGGCUCCAAUGCCUACAAGCAGGCGAGCACGCUGCUGGCACUCUUCAACGGCGGCGACGGGUACAGGGUGGAGGAGAAGGACGGGUGCCUGACCCUGGGGUGGCAUACGCGCCCGCUCAUCGCCACCUCGGCAUGGCGCCUCGCCGCUCCGUGAUCAUGGGGUGGGGUUUUGGACGCUGAUCAAGGCACACGUCCCCCGGCCCCGGGCAUGGCGCAGCCUCCCCGAGCUCGCCGGCGCAGUUGAAGCUGUAGACGUCAAUGAACGCUGAAUGAAUUGCAGUUAUUAGGCGACCGGGCCACGGUUCUCGCCGGCGUGAUGAGAUGGACUGGACACUUUGACUCCGACCGGAUCGGGCCUGUGUUCGUUCUUGUUUCCGAUCCCCCUCUCUUCCCGUUGCUUCAAUCCGUCAACUAUGGUAGCCCGUAGCCCCUAUUGUUAUGUUUAAAUGUCUAUUAUUAUUAUUAUGUGUAAUUCCUCCCAAGCGCUGAUAUCCAAUAAGGACGAACCGGAUUUCGUUAGCUCGAAUGAGAAUUUUGUAUACAGUGCAUCCAAUCUGAACUUUAGCUAUGUUCAUCUGUUCGAAUGCUUCUUGCAUCAUCAUGUACACGAUUCUUGGCCUAUUCGUCCUCUGUAAUGAUGAUGAUCGUAAUGCUGUAGCAUUCCGUAUUGUGAA